AUGGUGGGCACAUGCAACAACAGCGACGCAGUCAUGCGCAGCUCCGCUGUCACCGUCAUCGCCGUCAUCGCCAUCGACUGCACAGCCGACAUCACACGCCGGCUCACACCAGCCCCAAUCUGGCGUGAGGCAGACAUUGCACGUGUCACUCGCUCUGAUGGAGAGCAACAGCUGAUGGCUGGCUGCAUUGUGGAUGAACUGGCCAUCUGUCUCUCGUCCAUCUCCUCUUCGUCCUGUCGUCGUCAUUGGUCACCAACAGCAGCGGCUGCGGCCAUGGAUGUGGAGGCACGCAGGGCAGGCUGGCUCGCUGCUGCUGGUGGCUGCUGUGAUGAUGGCCGUGCGUGUGCCUGUGCGCUGUGCGCCGUGUUUGGGGCUGCACCGGUGAAGACAAGGAAGGACACGGCCCGUGCCCACCGCUCUUCCCCCUUCAUCUCCUCUUUCUGCUCCAUCAGCGGUGACGAAGGUGGCCGUGGCGUGUGA